AUGUAUCAACGCGAGGCGAUGUGGAUCAAGUUCAAAUCAAGCCGAGCCUUCGCCAUCAAAAUUUUCGUUGGAGGCAUAAAUGCCGUCUCUGGAGAGCCCCAGCAUGAAGACGAAGCAUGCCAGCGUCGACUUCUAGAGAAGUACGAGAGCGGACAAUGCGUCCAGGACUACGUCGUCUCCCCCCAGCAGCCUUGGCUGGACGGAAUCGCCGACAGGAAUGGUACCGUGAGGCAAUUUGUUGCUAUGCCUCUUGGUAGUGGAUAUUCCGUGGAGGCGCAGAUCACUGGCGAGGAGAUGAAGGGUGGUAUCCAAAUCCAAGUGACGCCACAGCACCGACCUUCGAUACUUUCAGGCAUGCGUGAAGCCGAUCUCCCCGAGGUGUUUGUCAAAACGCUCGCCAGCGGCAUGUGUACGAUCCGUACACCAUUGGAUACUACUACAAUACAGGAUCUGAAGAGCCUCAUUGAGGACAAGACGGCGAUUCCUCCAGAUCAACAACGCUUGAUCUAUAGCGGCAGGCAACUUGGGGGCUGUAGAACCAUGUCUGAAAACGGUAUAAUCAAGGGCAGCAGUCUGCACUUGGUGCUCCGGUUGCGAGGAGGAGGCGGAGGAGAGCUAACCCUUAGAGAUCAAGAGAAGAUGGGCCUUGCAGCCGGCGGUCGCAUCAAGCAAUCUAUCGUCCGCGACACCACAGUCCCAACAUUUUGGGAUGGCGCUCGCACCACUACAGCCAAUAUCCAUAUCGUCAACUCCACUGUGUUCAAGCAGAUCACUGGCAUCGAUCCUCCCGAAACGCCUAUCACGGCCAAGACAUAUGAGGAAGCCGGUCUUCCAUACUUCGACAUUUGGAACGAGAAGCCUUCGGGGAUCAAAGGCGGCUUCGAGGGUGUCAGGUCUGUCAACCAGAUUGACAAAGAGAGCGAGCAGAACGGCGCUACCAGAGCCGCAAUCCAAGAGGUGGAAAAUUCGACAAGCCAUCCGAUUGUGAAGCUAGACCGCUGCGGCAAAAGGCAGAGAUUCCGUCACGUGAAGGAUCUGGAGGAAGAACUGGAGGAGUUGCUCAAUAUUUCGGACACUUGA